GCUGAUUGUAAACAUGGCGAGCUUGGCAGAUGUCGGCUGGAAACUCCUGGAAUUCAAAGCCCGAUCAAAAAGAUCAGAUUUUUAAUUUAGCUGAGUUGGACGAUUGACCUUAACUUCCACUUAUGAGAAUGGCCAGUUCAGUGGCUGAGGUUGCCAAUCCGCGCCAGAAACCUCGAAGAUAUGGCUCCAUCUACGAACCUCUCAAACUGUCCAUUCUCCAGCGGGAGGAUGAGCCACUAUGGGAGAAACUGGACCGCUACUACAAUGCCGUGAAGACAACCAUCCUGAACUACCAGAGUCCCACCACAGGUCUUUUCCCUGUCAAAACUUGCUCCAACUGCAAGGAGGCCAAAGUUCGGGACUCUCUCUACUGUGCUGCGAGUGCCUGGGCCCUUGCUAUGGCCUACCGGCGCAUUGACGACGACAUGGGACGAACCCAUGAGUUGGAGCACUCUGCCAUCAAGUGCAUGCGAGGGAUCCUGUACUGCUACAUGAGGCAGGCGGACAAGGUGGAGCAGUUUAAACAGGACCCGAGCCCCUCCAAGUGUCUGCACUCAGUGUUCAACGUCAACACUGGUGAUGAAGUUCACUCCUACAACGACUACAGCCACCUGCAGAUUGAUGCAGUUUCUCUCUUUCUGCUGUACCUAGUGGAGAUGAUCUGCUCUGGACUUCAGAUUAUUUACAACACUGAUGAGGUUUCAUUCAUCCAGAACCUGGUCUUUUGUGUGGAGCGAGCCUACCGGGUUCCCGACUUUGGCAUGUGGGAGCGAGGCAGCAAGUACAACAAUGGCAGCACCGAGCUGCACUCCAGCUCUGUGGGACUAGCUAAAGCAGCUCUCGAGGCCAUCAAUGGAUUCAACCUGUUUGGAAACCAGGGCUGCUCCUGGUCAGUGAUUUUUGUGGAUUUGGACGCCCACAACAGGAACAGACAGACCCUCUGUUCCCUGCUGCCCCGAGAGUCCCGCUCCCAUAACACGGACGCGGCGUUGCUGCCUACCAUCAGCUACCCAGCGUUUGCGGUGGACGAUGAUGCACUCUACAGCCAGACGCUGGACAAGAUCGUCCGCAAGCUGCGGGGCAAGUACGGCUUCAAACGCUUCCUCCGUGAUGGCUACCGCACCGCCAAUGAAGACAAGAACCGCCGCUACUACAAACCUGCUGAGAUGAAGCUUUUUGAUGGAAUCGAAUGCGAGUUCCCCAUAUUUUUCAUCUACAUGAUGAUUGACGGGGUGUUCAGAGGGAAUAAGGCUCAAGUCAAGGAAUACCAGGACUUACUGGAACCUAUCAUCUUCCAGUCAUUUGAGGGCCACGCUGUGAUUCCGAAGUACUACUAUGUCCCAGCUGACUUUGUGGAGGCGGAACAGAAGAAACACGGCAGCCAGAAGCGUUUCCCUAGCAACUCCGGCCGUGACGGGAUGCUCUUCCUGUGGGGUCAAGCCCUGUAUAACAUCGCUAAGCUGCUUGCGGACGAGCUAAUCAGCCCUAAGGAUAUCGAUCCCAUCCACCGCUACGUCCCCCGGCAGGAUCAACGCAACGUCAGCAUGCGAUACUCCAACCAGGGUCCCAUAGAAAAUGAUGUUGUGAUCCACGUGGCCUUGAUUGCAGAGAGCCAGAGGUUACAAGUGUUCCUGAAUACUUAUGGCAUUCAGACUCAGACACCACAGCAGGUAGAGCCAAUCCAGAUCUGGCCUCAGAAGGAGCUCGUCAAGGCAUACCGCUUCCUGGCCAUCAAUAAGAAGCUGGGGCUCAGUGGGCGUCCAGAGAGGCCAGUGGGCUGCAUUGGAACCUGCAAGAUUUAUCGUAUCCUGGGAAAAACCGUGGUGUGCUACCCAAUAGUGUUUGAUCUAAGUGACUUCUAUCUGUCCCAGGAUGUCAUGCUGCUGAUUGAUGACAUCAAGAAUGCCCUGCAGUUCAUCAAGCAGUGCUGGAAGAUGCAGGGACGUCCUCUCUUCCUGGUUCUCAUCCGCGAGGAUAACAUCAAGGGAAGCCGCUUCAACCCGGUGCUGGACAUGCUGGCAUCGUUCAAGAAGGGCAACAUUGGAGGGGUGAAAGUUCACGUGGACAGACUUCAGACCCUGAUAUCUGGAGCAGUCGUGGAGCAGCUGGACUUCCUGCGUGUCAACGAGGCAGAGAUCCCAGAGUUUAAGAGCUUCGAGGAGCUGGAAAUGCCAAAGCACUCAAAGGUGAAGAGACAGACGAGCACACCUAACGCCUCAGACCUGGAGCAGCAGCCCGAGAUCAACGUGGACGAGUGGCAGCACCGAUCAACCUACGAGAUCAUACAGAAGUUCCAUGACUCUGACUGCUUGGCCAGUCAGGCUCAGCUUGCUUGCAUUCUCCUCAGGAGAGAAGGACCAGACUUCCUGGCCAAAGAUGAGAACCUGAUGGACGAGCUCGAGAGAAUCUAUAGAAGAGCUGGAAGCAGGAAGCUUUGGUCUGUUGUCCGUCUUGCUGCCAGUCUCUUAACUAAGCUAGUGGACAGCCUUGCACCCAGUAUUACUAGUGUUUUAGUGCAUGGCAAGCAGGUGACUCUGGGUCUGUUUGGGCAUGAGGAGGAGGUGAUCUCCAACCCGCUGUCACCAGGCGUGAUUAAAGGUAUCAUCUACACCCAGUGUACCCCUCAGGGUGGGGAGCGGGAGGCCGUGCUGCAGCAGGAGCUCGUCAUCCACAUCGGCUGGAUCAUCUCCAACAACCCCGAGCUGUUCAGCGGCAUGCUGAAGAUCCGAGUCGGGUGGAUUGUCCAGGCCAUGAAGCACGAGCUGAAGAUCAGAGCAGGAGACAUGCAGCCGCAGGACAUCUACCAGCUGUCCCCCAGUGACGUCAAACAGCUGCUGUUGGACGUCCUGCAGCCACAGCACACCGGCAGGUCUUGGCUGAAUAGGCGUCAGAUCGACGGCUCUCUGAACAGAACUCCUCUGGGUUUCUAUGAUCGUGUCUGGCAGAUUCUGGAGAGGACACCCAACGGCAUCAUGGUGGCUGGCAUUCACCUCCCACAGCAACCCACCCUGUCUGAUAUGACCAUGUAUGAGAUGAACUUCUCUUUGCUGGUGGAGGACACACUUAAGAACAUCGUCCUGCCGGAGUACAGGCAAAUCAUAGUGGAGCUGUUGAUGGUCGUGUCCAUUGUUCUGGAGAGAAACCCAGAGCUGGAGUUCAGUGAGAAGGUGGAUCUGGACAGUCUGGUGAAAGAAGCCUUCAGUGACUUCCAGAGGGAUCGCAGCCGCUUUGAAGGCAUAGAGAAGCAGGACAACAUGGAGGCGUUUUACAACACCCCUCCAGUGGGGCAGAGAGGAACCUCCAGCUACCUGACCAAGGCCGUCAUGAUCCAGCUGCUGCAAGGCGACGUGAAGCCCUGCAAGGAUGACCCAUGCUCUGUUAGCUAGAUUUCAAACAGUUCUCACCCUCUAACUCCACCCUCACCCUCAGGCCCCAUCCCUGAUCUGCAGUAAUGUAAUUAUGAGGUUACCCAGACAAGGACAGUCAUUUCUCCUUUAGAUGUGUCAAUAAAAUAACCUUGAACCUCCCUAGUACCCUCUCCUAUAGGUACCUUUCUCCUACAAAUUAUGUUUUCUGGGCAACUUUUUCAUUAGUAGCAAUAACUUGAUAUACAGAGCUCAGAGGGUUUCUGGCUGUUACGUAUUGCUCUUUUAGCUGAACCUUUCUUUACCCUCAAGACCUGGUGAUUUUGAAAUGGUCCCAUUUUGAUUCCAUCUCUGACAAGCCCAACCAAGCUCAUUUUUAACCUCACAUUUGUAACCUUCCUUUGCUGUACUGUAUCUCUCGAGUCACCAGCAAUAACCUACCUUGUACUCAGCAGCGGUAGAUCGUAUUGAAGAAGCAGCGGUUCUCAAAUUGGUGCAUUCGGACCCCAAACAGGCUUUGAACAAGUGUAACAAAUCACCAGAAAUAUGAGGCAAUUAAUUCUGCUGUAAUUUCAUUUAGGUACAAUUCAGUCAUGUCGGUUUGGGGAUCCAAAAUGUCUGUGUGUCUUCAGCAUUUAAAAGUCCAAGAACCACUGCAUGACAUUGUGUUACAUUUGGAUUUUAUAUUGAAUCAUAUAGUAUCAUCGCCAUCACAAUACAUAUCAGGGCUGUGUGUUUGUUGUACUGUUUUGAGGAACUCUGCGUCUUAUUACCUCUUUGCAUGCAGAGUCUGCAGCAUGACAAUAGCAAAUGUUUGCCAUAACCACUGUGUGGGCUUCUCUGAUCAGUGCUACUGAAUGUUAUGAGUCACAAAAUAGAGUUUCUGAGAGGCCCGGUUUGGAAAGCAGGGCUCUGCAUGACAAUGACUACUGCUUAUUUGAAGUCUUAGGACUUAGGGCUUUUUAAAAAAUAAUGUGUUUCGGUGAAUGUCGGUAACAGAAUGCUCUGCUGUCAUCCUAAGGUAGAAGUGAUGAAAGACUUAACUCUGACUUAUUUUAAAGUGUUUAUCUUGGAGUGUGCCUACCUGAAUAUCAUCACUGUGAUGAAUCCGCCUGGCCUUGUCAUUGUGUGCGUGUGUGUUUACCCUUGUCAUCCACGAGAAGUAUUUUUAACUUGAUGUAGUUUGAAAGAAUAAAGCUAUCAUGGAAACUA